UCACACACUCGUGAUCGGAUGAACACUCAGCUGGCCCUCCACUAGUUUUUAUCAACAACGACUCUGACGACAAUGUUCACAUCUUCACUAUUGGCACCAAGACUGUUUUAGCCUACACUUGUAACGUUGAACAUUUGAUUGUUGAAGGUUUACACCAUGGAGCCGUCUGCGCCCAAAAGCAAGCUGAAGAAGCUGAGUGAAGACAGUUUGACCAAACAACCAGAGGAAGUGUUUGAUGUUCUAGAGAAACUUGGUGAAGGUUCCUAUGGCAGUGUGUUCAAAGCCAUUCACAAGGAGUCGGGCCAGGUGGUGGCCAUCAAACAGGUUCCUGUGGAGUCUGACCUGCAGGAGAUUAUCAAGGAGAUUUCCAUCAUGCAGCAAUGUGACAGCCCUUACGUAGUGAAGUACUAUGGCAGCUACUUCAAGAACACUGACCUGUGGAUUGUCAUGGAGUACUGUGGAGCCGGUUCUGUCUCUGACAUCAUCAGACUGCGUAACAAGACGUUGACAGAGGAUGAGAUUGCCACUAUCCUGAAGUCAACGCUGAAGGGUCUAGAAUACCUUCAUUUUAUGAGGAAGAUCCAUCGAGACAUCAAGGCAGGGAACAUCCUCCUCAACACUGAGGGACACGCCAAACUGGCAGACUUUGGAGUUGCUGGACAACUGACGGACACCAUGGCCAAGAGAAACACUGUGAUCGGUACUCCAUUCUGGAUGGCCCCCGAGGUGAUCCAAGAGAUCGGCUACAACUGUGUGGCAGACAUCUGGUCUCUUGGCAUCACAUCCAUAGAGAUGGCAGAGGGCAAACCUCCUUACGCUGACAUCCAUCCCAUGAGAGCUAUCUUCAUGAUCCCCACCAACCCUCCUCCAACAUUCAGGAAGCCGGAGCUCUGGUCAGAUGACUUCACAGACUUUGUGAAGAAGUGUCUGGUUAAAAAUCCAGAGCAGAGAGCGACCGCAACACAGCUCUUACAGCACCCGUUCAUCAGCCAGGCCAAGCCGGUCACAAUCCUGAGAGACCUCAUCACUGAGGCCAUGGAGAUGAAAGCCAAGAGGCAGCAGGAGCAGCAGAGAGAGCUGGAGGAGGAGGACGACAACUCUGAGGAGGAGACGGAGGUGGACUCUCACACUAUGGUGAAGUCCGGCUCAGAGGGGGCAGGAACCAUGAGGGCCACCAGCACUAUGAGCGAUGGGGCGCAGACCAUGAUUGAACAUGGCAGCACCAUGCUAGAGUCGGACCUGGGCACCAUGGUCAUCAACAGCGAUGAUGAUGAAGAGGAGGAGGAAGACCAGGGAUCCAUGAGAAGGCACGCCACCCCCCAGCAGCCGAUUCGUCCGUCCUUCAUGGAUUAUUUUGACAAGCAGGACUCUAACAAGGCCGCCCAGCAGCAGGAGAACUACAACCACAACCAGCCACAGGAGCAGCCCGGCUACCACAUCCAAUCUAAGAACGUCUUUCCCGACAACUGGAAGGUGCCUCAAGACGGCGACUUUGACUUUCUGAAGAACCUGGACUUUGAGGAGCUGCAGAUGCGACUGAGUGCCUUGGAUCCCAUGAUGGAGCGGGAGAUCGAGGAGCUCAGGCAGCGCUACACUGCCAAGAGGCAGCCCAUUCUGGACGCCAUGGAUGCAAAGAAGAGAAGACAACAGAACUUUUGAGUGUUGCCAUCUCUACCUGGUCUAGGUUUCCCUAAGCCAAUAUCACCAGAAAACUUGUGUCCCAAUGACUCAGAGGAGCUAAGUUGACUUAAUUGUCUCUGUUGGAAGCCUAUGGCUGUUCUGACUGUUUGCUAACUGGUCUCUAAAUGAUGUUACAGGCUUCUUUUACUCUCCAUUAUGGCUCUGGGAAUCUACACUCAUCUGCCUUGUUUCCACAGUAUGUCCAAAUGCUGUUCCUCCAUUUCUAAUCUGAGAUUUGGGGCAAAGUUGCUCUCCAGUGAAUGAUGCUCAGGACUGCGGCCAAAGUGAGAACUUGGGCUCUAUUGUCACUGAGUGGAAUUCCCCUCUCUCUCUAAUGAAGUGACAUUUGUUGCACCCAGAAAACCUUCAGGGAAUCCUCAUCAAUACAGAAAGAAGCCUGUCCUCUGGCAGCAGCAGCAGCAUUUUAAUCAACAGCUCAAUGACAAGUGGUCUUUCUUCCUCAGACUUCGGUGUAAAUAAGAUAUAGAGCCUAGUUUGAAAAUACCUUCAACAAAAAGCUGUGGAGGCUUGUCCAUGACCAAAGACAAUCAAAAUAAUGUUGAUAAAUUUAGAAUGCCUUAAAAUAUUGAAACCUGGUUUCAAAGUAAGCAAUGUAAGAAGUGAACCAAGUCGUCACCUGGUUAGAUGCAUCUCCUCUUUUGGAGAUAAGUUGGAAAUCAGCGGAGGAAAGCUGCAAAAAAAUGGACAGAAAAGGUGAAAAUCAGAAGAAGUGGGUAAUGGAUCAUGCAUGUUUUUAGUAGUUUGCCAAUCAGCAUUUUUUUUUCAUUAGUCUUCAAACGUUCUCUGACCCGUCUCCAUCCUUCAUAGUGCCUCAUUUACACACUUGCCCAGGUUCUGAAUCACCCUCACCCACCAACUAUCUUCAUGAGUUAAACAUCAGAGCUUUAAGUGAACAAAAUUGUCACCGCAGGGACACAAAAAAAUAAGAUCUAACUCUAUUCCUUAACUUAAACAAAAUAUAUUUUAAGUAAAGCAUUCCAAAAUACUGUUUUUGAAUUAUAUUGUACGUUCGUGUCCUAAUUAUUAUGUUUCUUUGUGUUUGUUUCAAAUUAUGAUUGAUUCAAAUUGAAAUAUGACAGCAUUAAAAUGAGAUGUGAAGCCAUCUUUUACCCAAAGCUGUGACAAAAUCAGCAAUGGAGAGGAUGAAACAGCUGGACAAAGUGGAUCAUAGAAAUAGUUUUAUACCUAAAAAAAAAAACUCCAAAAAAAACCAAACAUGCAGUUAAAAUGACAGACACUGUUUACUAAGAAAAAUCAGCCAUGGCACCAGCAUCACAUCUAGGUCUUGUUUCUUUCAAAGUUAUAUUAAGAUUUUUUAGCAAGUUUCCCUGCAGCCUUUAUUCAUACUUCUUUGAUAAAGCAUAAAAAUGGGCUCGGUGAUAUUAAUGAAGGAUUGAACUUUACUGUCACCUUGCUCUGAUUAAUUGUCUCUCAAGUAUACAGAACUUUAUUCAUUAUGGUUGUUUUUGUGUUUAUCCCCAAAUGGUUCAUUUUGACUGUUAUCAAAUUUAUUUAUGAAUGUUAAAAUGAAAUCUCUGACUGGCAUACAUCUAAUGAAAUGUCUCUCUAUGAAGGAAACAAACUGAUGUGUUGAGAGGUUGUGCUUCAGUUUAAACAUUGAUUUGACACCUGCAUUGAUAAUGACCCCGUGAAUGAAUUCUGUCUGUCUUGAAAUACUUGUAAAAUACAUUCGAAAGUUGCUGUUACACAUGAAUGUUGAUGGCAUGGUUCAGUCCAUGUCCUCUGCAUAUUAAUCUAGUAUUUUGUUAAUAAUGUAGCUAUAGAUGAGACCUGUUACACUAUCACAUAUGAUUAACAAUAAUGGCAAACUGAGCCGAUGAUUACACACCUGAAUCCAAAUCAUUACUACAAUCAGCACCAUGUCACAUUUUGAAUGAUCAUGUCUGUCUUUGUUUUUUUUUUGUGUUUUCUAUGUUACAUCACAGAAAUCAUUAGCAUUCUUGCCCUGAACUGUUCUCAUAAACUACAUCUGUUGAUCAUUA